AUUUAUCGCGUGAAAAAGAGGCAUUCCCGCGCAGCCUCCCAGUCUCCGCCAAUUAGGGUCCGGAAUCGGCGUAUGCGGGGAGGUGACGCAGCCCGGCGGCGCUCGGACCAAGAUGGCGGCGGAACGCGGCUACAGCUUCUCCCUCACCACGUUCAGUCCUUCUGGUAAACUUGUUCAGAUUGAAUAUGCUUUGGCAGCGGUCGCUGGAGGGGCCCCGUCAGUUGGAAUUAAAGCUGCAAAUGGUGUGGUGCUGGCAACUGAGAAGAAACAGAAAUCCAUUCUCUAUGAUGAGAGGAGUGUACACAAAGUAGAAUCAAUUACUAAACAUAUAGGCUUGGUGUAUAGUGGCAUGGGUCCUGAUUACAGAGUACUUGUGCACAGAGCUCGGAAGCUUGCACAGCAAUAUUACUUGGUCUACCACGAGCCCAUUCCAACAGCUCAGCUAGUACAGAGGAUUGCAUCUGUGAUGCAGGAGUACACACAGUCUGGUGGUGUACGUCCUUUUGGAGUAUCAUUGUUGAUAUGUGGUUGGAAUGAGGGGCGACCAUAUCUAUUUCAGUCUGAUCCAUCUGGGGCUUACUUUGCAUGGAAAGCAACAGCAAUGGGAAAAAAUUAUGUGAAUGGAAAAACUUUCCUUGAAAAAAGAUACAAUGAAGAUUUGGAACUUGAAGAUGCCAUUCACACAGCUAUCUUAACACUAAAGGAAAGCUUUGAAGGGCAAAUGACAGAAGAUAACAUAGAAGUUGGGAUCUGUAAUGAAGCAGGAUUUAGAAGGCUGACUCCAACGGAGGUUAAGGAUUACUUGGCUGCUAUAGCCUAGUAGUCAGCAAGACUGUGUGGAUUCACAUGGAUCUUUUUAAUUUUUGCUAACUAAAUGUUUUUGUUUGCAGUUUUUGCAUACUUAUUUCUACAUGGUUUGUCUGACCGAUAUUUUAAAUAUUAUCCGUGCAAAUGUUCUGGUCCUGAUACUGAUACUUGGAAUCUUAAUACAAAGAAUUAUUCCCAUUGAUACAUGGAAUCUUUGUACAUGAAAUUGUACAAAAAUAAAAGUUAUAAUGAAAGCUUAUAAAAGCUAAUGAAUAAAACUUACAAAUGGCA